CUCACAUCUGUACGGGUGCCAUUGUCAUUCUGUGUGUGUGUGUGUGCGUGUGUGUGUGUGUGUGUGUGUGUGUGUGUGUGUGUGUGUGUGUGUGUGUGUGUGUGUGUGUGUGUGUGUGUUUGGUGUGUAUGUGUAUGUGUUUGUGUGUGUAUGUGUGUGUUUGGUGUGUGUGUGUGUGUGUGUGUGUGUGUGUGUGUGUGUGUGUGUGUGUGUGUGUGUGUGUGUGUGUGUGUGUGUGUGUGUGUGUGUGUGUGUGUGUGUGUGUGUGUGUGUGUUUGUGCAUUGUGUUUGUUCGUAGGUGGACACGACAGACAACCUGAAACGGAUCUCUCAGAUGAGGCUGGUGCAAUUCCAAUACAAGCCAGAGUUUGCGGCCACUGUGGGCAUAGACACCACUAAGCAGACUGGAGUCAUCGCCCAGGAGGUGCAGAAGAUCUUACCCGAGGCGGUGAAGGAGGCGGGGGAUGUGGUGUGCACCAACGGAGAAACCAUUCCAAAGAUAUUGAUGGUUAAUAAGGAGCGUAUCUUCAUGGAGAACGUGGGGGCGGUGAAGGAGCUGUGCAAGCUGACGGACAACCUGGAGACCCGCAUCGACGAGCUGGAGCGCUGGAGCCGCAAGCUGGCCAAGCUGCGGCGCCUGGACAGCAUGAAGAGCACCGUGAGCGGGGGCACCAUCAGCCAAUCAAGUAGCUACUUUAGCAGGAACGGCAGCGGGCCUCUGAAGAAGAAGCCGGUCAAACCCGGGACCAAGACCCCACCCCCAGAUCCGGGCUGCAUCAGCCAGAAGAUCAUGCAGGGCACCAUCCUGGCUCUGGUCGUGGUCAUGGCCUUCAGUGUUAUUUCCAUGUCCGUGCUGUACGUCCUCACUCUCCACCACAAAGGAGCCGUCAGUGAGAAGGAUGGCCUCCCUUCCCCCUGUGUUUUCUACGUCUCUUGGAUGCCCGUCCUCACUGCCACUGUCACCUUCUGUCCUCCUGUCUGUCCUCUCUGGUCCAGAGCUCCAGUGGGCUCCUCUCGUAGAGGUUCCUUCACAUCCCAGCCCUCCACCGCUUCACCAGAGGCCUGCUGUUCUACCACAGCACUGAACAACCAAUCGUCUACGGUUCUCCCGCUCCGAGGAAACCAGUCCCUGAUAGACGCAGAUGGCCCGCUCCCCACAGCCGGCACCAUGACCAAGAAGGCCAAGUCCAGACCCAUGGACAAGGACGGCCGCAACAAGAACCGCCUCAGCCACACCUCCACACCCCUGUACUUCGCCAAGUCCCGUCGACCGCUCCCUUCUGACCAGGAGGAGACGGGAGCUCCCAACCGGGUCCCGGGGGGGCUGCCGUCACCACGCAGACAGCGGAGCGUACACACACAGGGGGAACGGCUAGCGCCCUCUCUGACUGGCCUGCACAUCCUGGAGACCGGCCAGCAGAUCACGACCCGGAGUUGCCCAACACCAGAGAGCUGCAGCUACACCAUAUCUCUCCACGGGAAGAGGAACUCCUCCAUGUCACAGAUUACUUUGCACAUGACGUCCAACCAAAGCGUGUGGGUUCAGCAGUGUGGGUACGCCAGGGGCCAGCUGUGUCCGGACCACAAUGAGACACGGCUCUACACUGGAAAGAGUGCCUCUACAAGGGGGAUCCUGCACCUGAGGUCAGUACCGGCUCUACCGUCCCAGGAUGUCAUCCAUCACUUCCGUGUCACUCUGUCGAGUGACGUAGGCUGUUCCAGCAAGGAGGAAAACAAAACAACUGCCUUAUACUCAGACUACUAUUUCCUCAUUCAAAGCAGCUGUCAAUAAGACACUGAAGGAUCUGGUCAAGUGCCUUGUAGCAAGCCAAGACUCCACUUAUUCAGCUAGUAGUUAUACUUGGUCCUGUUGGAAUUGUGUAUUUGACACAUUCAAUCUUGAUUUAGCAGGAAAGAGGCUGGUACUGAGACAAGCUAUCUACCACUGUUCAUUUUUAUUGAUGAUUUUUGAAGUGCUGUAGAGAUCACGUUAGAGAACACUGGUUAAUGUUUUUAUUUUGUUUAAAAAUAAAUGUAUUUUGUCACUGAAUAUAUCAUUGUUGGAUUCAGUAAAAAGCCAUUUGAAGAUGACAACUCUUCAUUUCUUUACAGCGAAUUAUUAUUGUUUGAAAAGUAUAACGUCAAAAUUAACAAAAAUAACUGUGCAACUCAUUUUUGUAUCACUGUUUAGCAAUGUACAGCUUACAGUUCAAAAAGCAAGAGUGGACCAGACAUAACGAUGCUAGGUCUAUUUUAGUACUCUACUUUUCUACUAUUCUGUAUGUAUUAAACAAAUGUGACUUAUGCCUUAAAACAUGAAACAUCCUUAGUUAUAGUUUUAUACACUGGAGCAAAGAUCAUUCGAUUCUGUACAUUCAUGAAUAAAUAAUGGCCCAUUCACAUUUUAAAUAUACCUCAAAAGUUCACACUGGCAUGUUAAAGGUCUACAUAUUAUGGAAAGAGUUGGAGGCCACAGCUAUUACUGGAUAUGUAUUUCUAUAAAACAUACAUUGAAUAUGCAGAGAGAAAAUCACGGCUAAGAUUCUGUGGGGAAGAGAAUGGUUUGCUCUCAAACGAUAAAAAACUUUCUAAAUCUUUCCAUGUUUAUUAAACAGACCAUACCAUUCCUCCCUGAAGUUAUUUUCGCUGUGCCCUGAUGCUUGCUCACUUCAUUCAGGGAUGACAUGUAUUAAGCAUUUCUGGAAAUCAAAUAACUGGAAAAGCGCAUAAGAGUUGAAACACUGAAUGUUGCAUCAUCUUCUACGAAGAAAAGUGUUGUCUAGCAAUGGACAUUUCUCAAAGACACUGGAAUGGCCUAUACUGUAUUGGUUAACUGGAUAUAAUGCAACGAUUGCAACUGGCAUAUCAACAGAGGAGCAUGUUCUAUAAAUUAGUUUCCUGCUCGCUCUUUUCCAUACAUCUUAGCAGAUGUAGCACAAACCAUGUGUUAACUAUGGGUAUUACAUGUGUUAGCCUGUCACCAAACUGAUAUAUUCUUGCUCUGCUCUAUACAUGCUCUGGAUGUUUCAAACUAUUAAUUUGUACCUAAGUUUUACACACACAAAAACAUGCA